AUUCACACGACCAGCAGCUAAAGUCUAACAACCCUACACACUGACAGUCAUGUUCUUCAAGGUGUGCUUGGUCCUGGUGGUGGUGGCCGUGACUAUGGCAGACCCAGGUGACUACGGACCAGUAUACAAAUCAGAGCCUCUGCCAUACUAUUACGACUACAAUGUGCAUGACGGCUACAAAGGCACCAACUUCGGCCAGCACGAGAAGUCCGACGGUAAAAAUGUGUACGGUUCCUACACCGUCGACCUCCCCGACGGUCGCAAACAAAGGGUGGACUACACAGCUGACCACUACAGAGGCUACGUGGCCAAGGUCAGCUACUACGGCAAGGCUCAGCACCCUAAACACUACGGCCCCGCCAUCACCUUCUUCAAUAAGGGCUACGGAUACGGAGGAUACCACUGAGCACCAACCCGGAAACACUUUCUAGCAUGAUUGAUAUAUCUUUGUAGGGCACACAGCGAAGAAUAAACAAUAAUAAUGAAAUUAUGUGAACAUUUUUCUCAAAAGUGAAUGAAACGGUUUGAUUCGCUCCCUUUGUGUUGACAGAGGAAGAUGAGCCCUUAUGGAGUUCUGCUGACAAUACUGGAGAGAGGACACAACUCGCAAAACAAAUUUAAUUUGUUAUUAAGACGUUUCGUUAGUAUAAACUCUAGACUAUAUAAAGUUUUAAGAAUGCGAAAUGUCCCAAGAAAAGCUUGUUCCGCAACGUGUGUCCUUUCUUCAACUCUUGUGAG